GGCGCCGCUAGCAGCCCGCGCUCCGCGAGCGACAGACCGGACACCGGAGGAGCACGAGCGCAGAUCACGAUGUUGUUUUGUUGUUAAUCGCACAUUAAUCAGACAGAAUGAUCGCGGCGCGCUGUUUCCCGCACCGGACGCUGCUCAGGGCGGCAGCUUUGUGUUCUCAUCGCUCUUUACAGCGCAGCGUGUUCAAUGAUACAGAGACACAGAAACUCACAUCAGCAGCAGCUCAGCAGUGCACGAGCGUUCCUCCAGCUGGAGACAUCACGAGACCUGCAGAAGUGUCUCAGAUCCAGAGCAGAGCAGGUUGGGGUCAGGAGUUUGACGUGGCUCUUCUGGUGUCCGUGCUUAAGCAGGAGAACGCCUCGGACAUCUGUGUGAUCAGAGUCCCGCCGGAGCUCAAGUACACCGAUCACAUGAUCAUCGUGAGCGGAUCCUCACCGAGACACCUCAGCGCCAUCGCAGAGCUCCUGCUCAAAACAUUUAAGUUCCUGCGGAAGGACCAGGAGCCGCACGUUCGGCUGGAGGGGAGAGACUGCGACGACUGGAAGUGCAUCGACUUCGGACCGAUGGUGCUCCACCUCAUGCUGCCGGACACCAGACAGACGUACGAGCUGGAGAAGCUGUGGACGCUGCGCUCGUAUGACGAACAGCUGAAGCGCAUCCCGCCGGAAACACUUCCCUCAGACUUCAUCUACGACAUCACACACGCGUGAGCCACGACCUGCUGCUCACAGACCGAAAACAUCAACACACACUUUAAAUAUUAAACAAGCACAGGUCGUCUGAAAUAUCAAGAUUUGAGCUGCUACUUUUGAAUAAAAUGAAUUCGCAAAUA